UUCUCCAUCACACUAAUUACUACUACUCUCUCUCUCUCAUCUCAUAUAUAUGGAUUCAGAGAGUUGUAAAAUGGCAAGUCGGUAGAUAUGGAAAAAUCAAAAUUUGGAGUCUUGUAUCCUUCUAUUUUUCUCAUUCUCUUCAUUUCAUUCCUCAAUUUUCACUUCCAUUUCCUCUCUUCUUGGCCCUCUACUCUUACUUAUAAUCACAACCAGAUAAGAGUGGGGAAAAUAGAGCAAGAACUGAGUGAAGCUCGAGCAGCCAUUCUUGAAGCUGCAAGAAGACGCACUUACAACAUCUUGAAUAAUAAUCACAACCACACUACCAAUUACUUCAUUCCAAGAGGCUCCAUUUAUCGAAACCCUUAUGCUUUCCACCAGAGCUACAUAGAGAUGGAGAAGAGGUUCAAAAUAUGGGUGUACAAAGAGGGCGAGCCCCCCCUAUUUCACUUGGGCCCCUCCAAAAAUAUCUACUCCACCGAGGGCCACGUCAUCUCCGAGCUCCACCGCAGCCGCCUGUCGGCCGCCCACCCCGACGACGCCCACGCCUUCCUCCUCCCCGUCUCCGUCACCAACAUCGUCCACUACCUCUACCGCCCCCACGGCGACUACCACCGCUCCCGCCUCCGCACCGUCGUCCGCGACUACGUCACCGUCGUCGCCCGCAACCACCCCUACUGGAACCGGAGCUCCGGCGCCGACCACUUCCUCGUCUCGUGCCACGACUGGGGGCCCUACGCCACCGCCGGCGGCCUCUUCGACCACCUCAUCCGCGUCCUCUGCAACGCCAACGUCUCCGAGGGGUUUCAGCCGCGGCGCGACGCCACCCUGCCGGAGAUCAACGUGCCGGCGUCGGCCCUCAACCAGCCGGACAUGAACGCCUCCAAGUCCGUGCUCGCCUUCUUCGCGGGCGGGGCCCACGGCGCCAUAAGGGAGGCCCUCCUCCGGCGGUGGAAGGGCGUCGGCGACGGCGACGUCCAAGUGCAUGAGUAUCUCCCCAAAAACGCGAGCUACAUGGGCCUCAUGGCCCGGGCCAAGUACUGCCUCUGCCCCAGCGGCUACGAGGUGGCGAGCCCGAGGCUCGUUGAGGCCAUGCACGCCGGCUGCGUGCCGGUGAUCAUCUCCGAGGGGUACCCGCCGCCGUUCUCCGACGUGCUGGAUUGGAGCGCGUUUUCGGUGGAGAUUCCGGUGGGGAGGAUAGCGGAGAUGAAGGAGAUAUUGGAGGGGAUUGGGGAGGAGGAGUAUGAGGAGAAGCGGCGGAGGGUGGCGGAGGUGAAGAGGCAUUUUGUGAUGAAUCGGCCGGCGAGGAGAUACGAUGUGUUGAAUAUGGUGUUUCAUUCUGUGUGGCUAAGGAGGCUUAAUGUUAGGAUACCUAUUUAGCUCUGUAUAUUUAUGCUUCUUGCUUACACAUGACAUGGAAUAUACAAAUUCGAGUUCGAGCUCGAGCUCUGCUCGCCAACCAAUUAACCUAACUCGAGCUCAGAUCGUAUAAAAAUUUGUAUAAAUGGUGUUCGAGCUUGAGUUUGUUAAAAAUUUAUAAAAAAAUAUUUAAAAUGUGAUCUA